AUGCCCACCCUCUCCGGCCGCGCCAGACCGAUCGAAAAGUUCGCCGCCGCGGCCGCCAAAUGUUCCGUCGAGGCCUCGGCGUACGGCAAGUGCAUCCUGGCCGACUACCAGUCGACGUACCACGACAUGUGCGCCCGGGAGUUUCUGAGGUUGAAGGACUGUUACUUGAAAAGCAUUGCGCGUAAUCAAGGAUGA